AUGGAAGCCGGACAAAGAAGCGGGUCAUCUUAAGGCUACCGCUAACCCAUCACUAUCUACGGGGAUCCUUGAAGCAUAUAAUUUACAAAAAAAGGCAUAUCAAUAAUAUUCUUCAAGGGACGAUCUCCCGCUAGGAUAUUCUUGGGUAUCUCUUGUAUCUGCUACAGGGAUACCCAUAAGGACGGACUAGGGGUAGCUCUAAUCAUCGUCAGCAUCGUCUUCUUUCACCUAUGCUUCCGCGUCCUCUGGAGAAGAGGGGAACAGCAGCAGCGAUAGUGCGUCUUCUUCCUCUUCCUCCGGAUAUUACACUUCGGGCGACAGUAGUGUCGUGAGCUCCUCCUCAUCAGCAUCAGGUAGCUCUGGCGAAGAAGGUACGACUUUUGACCGCAGAGGUCGUCAGAGGCUUGAGGCCAUUCCCG